CAUGGCGUUGGCGUAUAUAUACGCUCCAUUUUAGCACGUCUUUUGAUAUCGCCUCCCCCUUUCUUGUAAUUGCCUCCUCGUUACAAUGUCGCGACCAAUACCUGUUGAAGAAAUGGUGAAACAAUUCAAAGGGCGCCACUCUUGCACUCAUCUUUUAAGGAUGGACAAUUUUUCCUUGGUCCGGAAGCACAAUAUCGGGAUGAUCGAAUCGUCCGUUUUCAGUAUCGCCGGCUACAAAUGGAACCUCGUUCUCUAUCCCACGGGAGACGAGAAUCCAAACUCGAAGGGCCACGUCUCCCUGUACUUGCAAAUACAAGACCUCAAGUCUCUGCCAAGUAAUUGGCAGUUGAGCGUCAGAUUUAAGCUUUUUGUCCUCAAUCAGUUCCGUCAGAUCUGGCACGAAAACAACGGAGACGUGGUGUUCAGUCAAUCGAACAACAUGUGGGGAUUCAGACAAACGAUUUCCCUUGCUGCACUUGAUGAUAGCACACAAGGAUACCUUGUGGGUGACUGUGUAAUGUUUGGUGUCAAGUUUCUGGGUGUCCAAGAUUGCGUACCUGGAACCGCAGAGCGCUUUACCCUGAUCGAGAAGCCUCCGAACAACAAGGUGACCUGGAAGAUGACGAAAUUCUCGACAUUCUUGCUUCAAACCGACCAUAAGUCCAAUGAGUUUUCGAUUGGAGGCCGCAAAUGGAGAAUACUUCUUUAUCCGAGAGGAUUCGGGGACGGUCAAGACAAUUCGCUUUCGGUGUAUCUGCGUGGAGAUGAACACAUGGAUAAUGUGCUCAAAACAAAGACUUUUGCGAAAUUCAAGCUGCGAGUACUGGACCAAAUCGCACGCAAACAUCACGAGCAGAUAAUUUCCUCGCACUGGUUCACCGUUGAACCAGGGAGUUGGGGGUUCUCCAAGUUUAUGCCUCUAGGAGACCUUCACGACCCUUCAAAGGGUUACUUGGUGAAUGACAUGUGCUACGUGGGAGCCGAGAUCGAUGUCAUAUCCAUGACCACGCCUUUGUAGUUCUCGCAUACCAUGAUAUGGUGCUCUCUCGACGCAUACAAACGUAUAGUUGUAAUAACAAGAUCCCGUGUUGUCUCAAAACGUGUACACGACAAAAUUGUAA